AUGGAGGACGACAACGGCAGACAAACACCCGGAGGGCCAGGACCGCCCCGGUACAUCCGCAGCCGCAUUGCCAACGCGUGCGAUGGGUGCAAAGCGCGCAAGGUCAAGUGCGAUGGGAAACUACCCUGCGGCUACUGCGCAGGGCGACAGCGGCCGCAGGCGUGUCACUACUCGCCACAACGGCGCAGGACGACGGCAAGCAGGAGAGUGUCAAAGAGUGUCGACGAUGAAGGAGUGGGCGGAAGGGCGCUGAGGACUCGACCGGCUGCCGUGCACGAUUCUGCGCAGGGUGCUUCGACGCCGAGGACGCGAGAUUCCGCCGCCAGAACCGCCGAUGAUCGGCAGGCAGCUGUGAAUGUGAAUGGCCCAGCCGAGCCCUCGGCUGAGGACGACACUGAAGUUCCACGGGAGGCACGGCUGCUGUGCGAUGCGCAGGGAAAGCUGGUCUUCAUCGGAGACUGCGCGCCACUGUCGUUUUUCCAGUCUGUCCGACAACUCGUCACCAGCAGGGUGGGACAACACGCCUUUGCACCAGAGAGCAGCCGCUACUCGGUCCUGGAGAACGUGCCCGCUGGGUAUUCGACGAGGGAGCGAGCCGGCGGCGGGUUCGGAAGCCCGCCGGACGUCGGGGGCGUUGAUUUCGACGCCAUUGUUGCCAGUUAUCUGGCGACGACGACGGGGCUGGCCGACUUGUUCGACAACGCAAAGCUGCUGAGCGAUUUGCUGCUGUGGGCGAACCAUGGACGGGGGUCGGAUGAAUUGACGUCGGUUGUCAACUAUCUUGUUCUGGCCAUCGGGAGCCUCAAAGACCACGAGGCGCUGUCGCAGGGGUACUUUGAGUAUGCGCGGAGCAAGGCGUACGCCACGUUGAGCGGCAACUUGAGCGUCGGGACGGUUCAGGCCUUCAUUCUCAUCACCAUAUACAUGCUUUGUUCAUGCCAGAUAAACGGCGCGUAUUUGUUCUUCGGCAUAGCCGCCCGGGCGGCGUACUCCAUCGGCAUCCAUCGAACCGAAGUGAAUGCUCGAUUUGGAGCCCACGUGCACCGACAGAGGGAUCGGCUGUGGAAGAGCGUUCGGAUAGUAGAUUUAUUUCUGAGCACGUCUAUGGGCAGGCCGCCGUCCGCUUCGGAUGUCGACUGCACUGUUCCGUAUCGAAAUGUCGACGGCAACGGCGACGAGACCUUUGACCUGUUGAAUGCCUCGGUACAGAUCCUGCUUAUUACAGAGACAGUAGUGGUGGAAAUCUACUCCAGACGCAAGAUCUCGCUGCAGCUCACCGAGGGAAUAUCACACCAGCUACGGGACUGGUCAGGGCGCUGGCUGCAGCAACUCAAGGAUGUCAUUGCUCGAACCGAUUCUCGCAGCACGGCCGAGAUGAGCGGUGCUUGCCAGGUUUUGUCAUCAUACUACUAUGCUGUCAUGCUUGUUUCGAGACCAUUUCUCAUGUAUGAGCUUGUGAGGAGGCUAUCCGACAGUCAGUCGGCGGCUGGAAGGUCGCCCCUUACAUCUGGGAAGUCGAAGCUUGCGGAUGCAUGCAUUGAUGCUGCCAGUUUAAUGGUCGACCCGAUACUGGAUCUGAUUGACCGAGGCAUCUUCAACAGCCGAGCGCCGCUCAUCGUCUCUUGGUUGUUCGCGUCUGCUCUCGUCUUGGGUGUCGGUCUCCUGGGCGGGUUUGGCCGCAUUCUUGAAAAGUACUGCCGCAUGUCCAUCCAAGCGCUCGAUCACUUUGCCAAAGCUGACGGCCACGCCACCCAAUACUCGCUCAUUGCUCAAUCCCUCCUCAUGACGGCGCUGGAGUAUCUCGAGCGACGGGAACUCCAGGAACGGCUGCGAAGAACAGAAAACUCGAGCCAACUAUUCGGCUUGAUGCCGCCGGAACCGCGGACAACGCCCGGAGAAUCCACACCGGGUAGGGAUUCAUCCCAGCACACUAGCAGAAGUCCUGCGGCUGUGACGUUUCGGGGACGGGAGCCACUGGACAGGUCAUUCUUGCAGCACCAGGGCUUGCAGGGUGUUCCGUCUCCGCGACUGGCCGAGAUUGAUUCGGCGUUUUUGGGGUUGACCGAGUCACUGAUGCAGACGCCGGAUGAUAAUUAUUGGAAUGGGACCGUAGGCAAUGACGGGGAUGCAGGGUCGGCAUUGAAUCUGUUUCCCCUACUGGAGGCUGGGGGAGGGAUUGAUUUGGCGCAUUAUUUUUAG